CCCAGCACCCAUACCUUCCGCGUGCCCCAAAUCAGCAUAGGGGAACAUUUCAGUGUAUUUCUGCAUGAGCGCAUUCAACAUGGCUGACCAACUGAGCUACAUCGAUAACCCCGUGUUCUCCCAGUUUGCCUUCUAUGGCUCGAUUUUAAUCGGGAAAACAGUCCUCAUGAGUCCACUGACGGCGCUGUUCAGAAUGAAGAAUGAGACCUUCUCCAACCCAGAGGACCUGAAGUUGGGCGCACCUGGCAUCAAAGUCAACUUCGACGACCAAACUGUGGAGAGAGUUCGAAGAUGCCAUCAGAAUGACCUUGAGAACAUCUUGCCCUUCGCUGUGAUUGGCGUGCUGUACGUCCUAUCGGAUCCCCUACCCCACGUCGCCAGACGCCUCUUCCAGACGUUCACAGCGGCACGCCUCAUCCACACCGUCGCCUACCUCGCCCCACUGCCGCAGCCAAUCAGAUUCCUGGCCUUCGGCGUUGGGGCAGUCGUCAACAUGAUCAUGGUCGGCCGUGUCAUCAUCUGUGGAACCCUCUAAUGCGACGUUGUCGACAACUUUUAACACGCCCUCUACUUGGACAUGUAUAUCUCUAUGUAUACGUAGAAAGAGGACGAUCAUUUGAUGUUCUCACGGGGCCUGGGAUAUUUUUGAAUUUUA